AUGGCUGGCGGUCUAUCAGGAAGAUUCGCUACGGGUGUCUGUCCGCAAGCUGUUCUGAUUUGCAAUAACGAUUUCUGUUCUCCUGUCGCGAACCUCUCCGAUGCUCCGGUGGACCUCCUGCUAGCGCAAGCCAUACGAACCAAGACCGACAUGGACCUAUCCUCAUUCCCGGUGCAUACGGAGACCCGUACGCCGCUCACUUUAGUUCCAUGCGUCUGUGGUGUCCGCAGCGUCCCAAGUACACCCCUGCAUCCCCAGGCACUCUUCUCGAUCACUUGGCCGACUGUGUUGUAUUACGCAAGUCGCGAGCAUAUGUGA